AUGCAACAGUGGGACAGAGAUUAUGGAACCGUACAACAGAGAUGGUGCCGCAGAAGAAUAUCUGAUGGUGGAACAGUGGAACAUCUGAUGGUGCAACAGUAGAACAUCUCAUAAUAGAACAGUGGAACAUCUGAAGAUGGAACAGCGAAACAAUCAUGAUGGAAAAGUAGAACAGAGAUGGUGCAACAGUCAAACAUCUGAUGGUGGAACAGUACAGCAUCUGAUGGUUGAAAGUACAAUAUCUAAUUAUGGGACGGUGGAACAGAUGUGGUGGAAGAGUAGAACAUCUGAUGGUGGAACAGGAGAACAGUGGAACAGAGGUUUUGAAACAUUGAAGUAUCUGAAGGUGGAACACUAAGACAUCUGAUGGUAGAACAGUAGAAUAUCAACGGUGGAACAGUCGAACAUCUAAUGAUGGAAAGGUAGAACACCUGGUGAGAGAUGGAGGAACAGUGGAACAAAGAUGCUGGAACAGUAGAACAUCUCAUGGCAAACAGUGGAAUAUAGGUGGUGGAACCGUGGAACAUUUAGUGGUGGAACAGUAGAACAUUUGAUGGUGGAACGGUGAAAAGAGAUAGUGGAACAGAAGAACAUCUAGCGCUGGAACGGUGGAACAGGGAUGGUGGAAAAGUAGAACACCUGAUGGUGGAGGAGUGCAACAGAGAUGGCGGAACAGUAGAUCAUCUUAUGGUGGAACAGUGGAACAGAGAUGGUUCAACACUAGAACAGUGGAACACUGGAACAGAGAUGGUGGGACAGUAA